GACGGCAGAACGGCCGCGACAAUAGCGAGCGGAUAGCGCGGCGUGGGGCCUUUCUAGGCGGCUGGGCGGGUUCCUCUAUGGUGUCGGCCGGCCUUUCUAGGCGUCCGGGCGGAUUCCUCCAUGGUGUCAGGGGGCAGGUGGGCGCAGCCCGGCGCGGGCGCAACGGCCAUGGCGAGCGGCUCGCGCGGCGCGACGGGGCCUCGGGGCCGGCGAGGACCGUUGGCGCAACGGCCGCGGGCGGCGAACAGCCGCAGCGAUGGAGAGAGCGGCCAAGCGGCGCUCCCGCCGCUCCAGGGCGCCCCCGGAGCCGCCGCCCCCGGCGCCGGAGGGCCGCGGCCCCUUGGGACCGGUGUGCAUCAAAGUGGAGGAGCCCGAGCCGGGGCCGGCAGGCCUUGCGGCCUGUGCCGGGGCCAGCCAGGGGCCGCGGGAUGAGCCGGGGGGCUUCCCGGUGCUGUGGGGGACCCACGGCCCCAUCAAAAGACAAGAGGACCUCGAAUGGACCAUCAAGAGAGUAAAGGACCUCGAAUGGAGCAGCCGAGAAAGCCAGAGGGAGGAGAAGAGCAAGAGUGGGAGUGAGCCCUGGAGCGGAGGUGAUAUCAAGGUUAAGGUGCCUGACGAGGCCUUUGAGACCUUUUGGUUGAAGACAGAAAAGGAUUGUGCCCCGGGUGGCCGCCAGCACGAGCCCACUCCCGCCAGCACCAGUGACCUCGCCAUGCAGCUGGGUGGGGGGCUUGGGGUUCCCCCUCAAGAUCAGAAGAUCCCAGUUAUGUUUCAGCCCGUACCUCCUGAGAUCAGUACGCAAGGGUUUGGGGUUCUCCCUCAAGAUCAGAAGAUCCCAGUUGUGGUUCAGCCUGUACCUCCUCAGAACUGCAUGCAGAUCCAAGGUCCUCUGCCGCCAGAGCCCAUUCCUGUGGCUAGUACGGUGAAACCAGUGCCGCUUGAAACACAGUCUUUACUGAAGCCUUCAGUAAAUACUGAAACUAAAAAUCUGUCGCUCACAAUACUGCCCUCCGAUUCAGGUAUGCAAGACGCUCCAUUUAGCAAAAGCAAAAGCGGGCGUGUAAAGCGUCCAAUGAACGCAUUUAUGGUGUGGGCUAGGAUUCAUCGGUCCACCCUAGCAAAAGCUAACCCAGAUGCCAGUAAUGCAGACAUCAGUGUUCAGCUUGGACUGGAGUGGAGCAAGCUGACUGAGGAGCAAAAGCAGCCCUAUUAUGAUGAGGCUUACAGAAUCAAAAAAAAGCACAGCGAGGAAUUUCCUGAUUGGGUUUAUCAGCCGCGACCAGGCAAAAGGAAGCAUUCUCCACUGCCUGCCUCUCCUGUAUUUUCUAAUGCUUCUCAGAAUAUCAUCACUAGAAGUCCUGCUGGCAUUUUUCCCUUCCAGUCACCUGCUUAUCCUUUUGUCAUCUGCAGUUUUAACAGUAUUGGAUAUCGACUUCCAGUCUGUGAAGCUCCUCCUGCCAUCUGUCUGCCGACUCCUGUCAUUCAACAUGCUGGUCCAGUUACUCUUUUCCAGACUUCUAGUACAAGCAACACAUCAGUGGCUGUUCCAGCUCCAGCCCUGCCCCUGAGCCAUGUAAUUUCACCACAGGUCUUUGUGGAGCCUGCUCACACAGAAGCUCUGAACAUAUCAUCUGGCUUCAAUUGCUCCCUGAUGGGUCCUACACCAGUUAUCAUUGAGAGCUUCAACAGAAAUCCACAGAACAUAACACCUCCUAAUACCAUAUUUUCUGUCCCUAGUAGUGAGCUCCCAAGUGUGUACCCAGGGGUUUCUAUUUUUCGUAGAGGACUACCUCUUCCCCGAGCUGUGCCUUUUCUUCACACACCUCUCUAUGAGUCUCCUCCCAUUUGCCGGCCGUUCAAUCUGUUUGAAGUAUUUCCUCCAUUUUCAUUUCACCGCCCUCACUUUGUACCUGGACCUCGCUUUUUCCCCUCAAGCACGUGCCCAUUCAGCCAACCUCCAUUUGGCAGCUCAGCAUCUGGACGCAUUGGCUUUUAUGAAGACAGAUACCAAAGUCAGGGAGUGAUAUUUUCAGCUUCAGGUGGAGGCUGUCCUUUCAAGGAAUACCCAGAAGAAAGUACACAUGAGGAAUGCCUCAGCUCUGAGAGCCUUGUAGUGCCCUGUUACAGCAGCAAUGAGGAGCCAUCUGUAAGCCCCUUACCACAUCUGGACGUUAAAGCACUGGAGGAGAUUUUGCUGGACACCCCACCUACUCCCUCCAGCGUCCAAAUAAUCAACAUAACUGACAGUGAUGGGGAAGAAGAAUUAAAGUUGUUGCAAGGAUUGUAAUUUUUAAACCAAAUAUUAAUCCAGAGAAAUAUUAUAGAAUGAGAAACAAAUGUUUUCUUUAAUACUAUCUUUUUGGUCAGUGCAUUCAAUGGAAAACCCAUGUAACUUGAGUGAGUUUAUAGGUCAUUUUGAAAAGUCUGAUGAUCUGUUUAUAUUUUGAGACAUUGCAUACAGAUCUGGGGAGGUCAAAACCCCCUGGAGUUUCACCUGCCUCAUGGGGGCAUUCAGCUGUAGGCAUGUGGUAAUAUGCUUUCCUGAGGAGAGGUGUGUUUAAGCACAUCCUUUUAAUGUCAAAAUAGACAUUUUUAUGGUAUUUGACAUAGUUUUAUAGGUAUUACUUUAGGAGUUUUAAUAAUUCUGAUUUAUGACCAUAGUGUAACGCUUGCUGCAGUAAACUUCUCUAAGGCCUGGAGAGUAAAGUCAAGAAUGAUUCUGCAGUGCUUUAUAUUUUCCCUUUGAUGAGACAGUUUUAAGUUUAAUUUGGUUAAUCUUUAACUGUCGUCUGUAUUUAUGGUACAACUGCUGUAUUAACACUGAAAAUUAACAUCAGUUUCAGUAAUACUUGUCUGCAACCUGUUGAAUUAAUAAAAAUGGGAUUGUCCAGAAGGUAUGGUGAGGCAUGGUAGCACCCGGAGAAAGGAAGAUGGGUGGGAUCUGGCCCUGUGAUUCACAUUACUGGGCUGUGACCUGACCUGACCCCUGAGCAUAGUUAGUACUGUAAAGAAUUCACCAGAGAAUACCGAAUUCUCUCUGAAGAAUACCAAAGGCUUUUAUUAGAAAGAGUCUGUCCUGAACUCAAAGAGUAAUGAAAUACAAACUUUUUUGCCAAAAUUUGUAGUUUAUGUUACUAAACUUUUUGUCUCCUCUAUCUUGUGGAAUAGUGGGUAAUUUUGUUCUGGUCAUCCUGUUGUUUUG